UUCGAUCCGACCGACCGCGCGAGUGUCUACAGCCUCCUUGAUCUCGGCUUUCCCGCGGAAGACCUUCCCAUGCCCGCUGUCCAAGCCUCGGAGGCCGCUUGCCGCGAAGCACGCGCCCUGUCGGACGAGAUAUUUGACAGCUACAACACACUCCACGCAAUUCUGCAGCGUCAUGAGGAGACCCUGCGCCGGCGCUGGUGCAAGCGGAACCAGGAGCAGAGACGCAAGGUCGUCCUGGGCACGUGGCCCGACAUGGCGCCCACGCACCGGCCGGAUUUUCAUGCAUGGAGGCGGGAGCUGGAGGCCGCCCAAGACAAAGACAAAAGCCCCAAGUAUCGCGACUACUACUUGCUGCCGUACAUCAAUCAGGAGGACCUGGUCACCAAGCAGCAGGUGUUGCCCCUGCUGCUCAACUCGCGGGGUCGCCACCCGCCCUCGUGCUUUGCUGCGAGGGAUCAUGAAGCCAUGCGCGUGGGGUUGGAGAUGCGGGCCAUCAGGCCCGUCUUUGUCGCGGGAUUCACCAUGCUGCUGAACGGAUUAGCCGAGAAUACGCGCCAGUACGGGGAGCUGCUGAGCUGGAAGCAGCAUCGCCAGGCGGCUUUCCUGGCCGUCAGACGAAAGCAAUUCCACGUCGGGGACGGGCUGCUGGUGCUGGAGGCACAGGCACGGGUGCUCUCGUUUCUGGUGAAUUGUUGUCGCCAGCUUCUGCAGACGAUCCCAGACCAAGACUUGCUCGCCGAUCACCUCUUCCCCAUCCUGCCGGAGCCCCCUGACAUGGCGCAUGCCAGCGGGGACGGGUUCGCCGCACUCACGGUGCUGGCGGCGGAGGCACCGUAUCGCCCUCCUGCACAGCUGGAUCUUGGACGCAUGGAAUCCCUGCUCGCAGCCCGCACGGCCGCGGCGGAGGACCAUCUCUGGGCUCUGCGUGAGGACCCGGACUACUUCGCGAAGACGCUGCACGAGGUGAAGGAGCAUCGAGCCGAGCUGCGCGAUAAUACAGUCUGCCUGGAGGACGAGAGAUGCCCCGCAGGCGAGGCGGGACAAAGCAUUCUGCUGGCGCGGACGCUGGGGCACACCGUUCACGAUGCGUGCACCGCUGUCGAGGUCUUCUCGGACCUUACGCAUCAGGCGCAGGAGCUGAUCAAACUCCAAUCUCGCUACGAGCAGCAGCAGCAGCAAGCGAUCCCUGUCACGCAAAACCUGCUCGAGAAGUUCCUCACGCCGCUCUUGUUCUUUAAAUACAGCCUCCUCGAUGCAGCCGGCUGGACAAGCUAUACUCUGCUUCAUGCAUUGCCUGCCGCGCCAUCCCUGCGCAGGUUUCUCGUCGCUGAGCCCGACGGACGGGGUUACAGUCUGCGCUCCGUGCCGAAGAUGCGCACGAAGGAACUAUACCUGUUCUUCCUCUUCGAGUUGAUCUGUAAGGACCCAGAUACCGUGCCCCUGGCGGGGACGCCUAUCCUCGUUGACGAGCUGGAACGCCUGCUCGAGUGCGAGCCCGCCCUCCGCGAUCUGCUGAGCCCCUACAUCCAGGACACAGUGUCCAACCUCUCGAUCCUCAUGCAGUGCCUGAACCAGCUGGCCCAAUACCAGCCCUGGGCCCGGAGCUGGGAGGUCGAGAUGCGCAACCGCGAGCGCGAGUUCAGACAGGAGUACGCACGGCGCACGCGGCCCUGGAACGCCCUGACCGAGUCUACCAGGAGGACCUUUGUCGAGACCCAUCCGCCAUGUGCAGUUGUCCGGCUGGGCGACCCGGCUCGAAACCAUUUCGCCUAUCCAGUCACCAAACCCCGCAACCGAAAGAACGUUGAGACCCUGCGCCGCGCCGAAGCAAGGCUGGACGCAUUCUGGGCGCUGGCCGAUCAGGGGAUUGCCUUCAGCGUCGACCGGGGCCCGGCGUCAUAUCGACUCCUGUUCGAGGGGUCGCGGACUCUCCAGCGGACGCCGGCGUGGGAGGAGCCAGAGCCAGCGCCAGCGCAGGCCGACCCACCAGCCAACCUCGACGCUGCUGAGCAGUUCCACUCGCACCCACCCCUCCCAUUAACAGCCCCGUCAAGCCAGCCCCCAACCGAGAACCUGAAAAGUACCCUUCAGCCGCCGCUGCCGGCGAGAAUCAACGCCAAAACCCGCGGCGCCCCACGGCCCUCGCAGGAGGAAGCGGGACACCCCAACCCGAGCGCGGACGACGCUCCAGACGAUCGGACGAUUCCCGUGAAUGUACGCGCGUAUCAAACGUUUCGGAUGCUGUUCUUUGACCUGGAGGUCACAUCUCGACCGGGGGAGAUCCCGUGGAAUGACUUCCUGCAUGCUAUGGUCACGGCCGGGUUCACGGCGAUGAAACUGUAUGGGUCGGUGUGGCAGUUCGAGCCGAGCUGGAGUCAAGCCAGACGCAGUAUUCAGUUCCAUGAACCCCAUCUCCGGGGAAAGUUGUCGUUCACUGCAGCCAGGCGGUUUGGCCGGAGGCUUUACCGGGCGUAUGGGUGGCAUGGGGGGCUGUUUGUUCUG